GAUUAAUCGAUUCAUCGUAAUUUUUUCAAUAUAAGUUCCUGUGACAAAUAAGCGUGUAAUAAUUUCGGUCCGUUUGCUCCCCGCCCGUCGUUCCGGCUUGGCUCUUGUGCUCGAGUCCUGAACCCCUCCGUUCAGCUGAAUUUAGCUACCUGCAAUGGUGUCCAAGAACCAAUUCCAUCAGAACCGGACCAUGCAGUCGCAGCAGCAUCCGCCGCAAAUGCAGCAACAGUUUCAGCAACAGCAGCAGCAGCAAAAUCCGUAUUCACAGCACCGCAACAGUCAGAGCAACAAUAAUAUUAGUAGCAACCAUAACCCCCGGGCAGCUGCGGCUCCCUACAAGAAACCCUGUAGGUCCUCCGGACCAGGAGGCAACGGGAACGGAAAUGGAAAUGGACAUGGGAAUGGUAACACUGCCAACGGCAACAGUAACAACCAGAUGAUGUUCUCCUCCAGCCAAAUGCCCAGCGAUCCCCUGUAUAUUGACUUUAACAGCCCGGCACCGGGAAGCAAACCAAACCAGGUGGACAGUCUCAAGAAGAAGCCUAUGAAGGGCAUCAAACAGCAGCAGCAUCCCAGUCCAAACCAACAGCAGCAGUGCAAGAUGAACAACCAGAACAGCAAGCAUAUGAACCAGCAGCAGCCCUUCAACCGCCAGGUGAACGGAGGCGAUUGGCAGCGCUUUCCGGGCAAUAAUCCCAACCAGAUUCGCGGUGGCUUUAAUGGUUUCCAGCGCGGUCCCCCUCCGAACCGUCCUCCCCCACGCCACAUGAUGGGUCCGCCAAUGGGUCCGAUGGGACCCGGACCACGAGGUCCCGGACCGAUGGGCCCUGGAGGACCUUACCCGCAGAUGCCUUUCCAACCACCGAUGCCCGGUAUGCGCGGUCCCGGGCCCAUGGGCAUGGGUGGACCACCGCCGCCGCCACCACCGCAUUUUAUGCGGCGCAACGGACCCGGUCCAGGUCCCAUGAUGGGUGGCCCACCGCCCAUGCAUAUGAUGGGUCCACGGAUGCCGCCGCGGGGUAUGCCACCGGGCGGACCUUUUGGACCAAUGAACAUGAAUGGCGGCCGGAUCAUGAAGCCCAAUCCCAAGCUUAUCAAGCAGGUGGUGAAGGGGAAGAGCAGCAUAAAGACACUGAAGAACCUGAUCAAUCAGUAUCCCAUCGACAAGCCCUGGGUGACGGAGGAGAUACGCAGCGAGCACGACAAGAAGGUGGAUAUCGAGAACAGAUUGAAGGGCCACAAAGACGACGAGCUCUUUGCCCAGUACAAAGGCCAGCGAGACAAGUUCGUUGGUCUCUACGAGGCGGCGCGGGAGGAGUAUCUCAAGCAGGAGGCAGCCAGUGUUAAGGCCAAGGAUGCCAAGUCAGACAAAGACAAAAACGCAAUUUCAAAUCAGAGCGCCGCCCCUAAGGCCGGAAGCGCUAAAGAUGCAACAAUUCCAAAUCCCUAGGCAGCCAAUGCAACCGAAAACCGAAUACCGAAACAAUUGAAUCAAUCGAAUCGAACCGAACCGAAUCCAGAACAGGUCGGUCGACUCGCAGAACUAAAUGUAAACUUAAACGUAAACGUAAACGUAAAACGAAAGAGCAAUUCAAAACUAAAACUAAAACUAUACCUAAAGCUAAAACUAAAACUAAAACUAAAAGUAGCAGCGAGCAACAGCGAGUCUGA